AGAGAGAGGGCGGCUGCGAUUUGACGUGACGACUACCGACGACAGAUUAUUUAUUCGGUUCACAUGCCCGCGGUAGUGGCCGGCAGCAGGAAGUGUAAUCCGAAGCGUGGGAAAGCGGCGUUUUCUCCGCGGAUCCGCGAGAGCUGAAGUGUUCCCGGUUCCGCCAUGGCUCAGGAGAACGGAGAGUCGGCGAGAGAUUCGUGGAAGAAGCAAGUGGAUGACAUCAAGAAGAUAUUUGAAUUCAAGGAGAUCCUCGGGACGGGUGCGUUCUCAGAGGUAGUCCUGGCUCAGGAGAGGUCCACCGGGAAGAUGUUUGCAGUGAAGUGCAUCCCUAAAAAAGCCCUGAAGGGGAAGGAGAGCAGCAUUGAGAACGAGAUCGCUGUGCUCCGCAAAAUUAAGCAUGAAAAUAUCGUAGCCCUAGAAGACAUCUACGAAAGCUCUGAUCACCUGUAUCUGAUAAUGCAACUGGUUUCAGGGGGGGAGCUGUUUGACCGUAUUGUGGAAAAAGGAUUCUACACAGAGAAAGAUGCCAGUACGCUCAUCAGACAGGUCCUGGACGCAGUUAACUACCUGCACAGCAUGGGCAUUGUACACAGAGAUCUGAAGCCAGAGAAUCUACUUUAUUUUAACCCUCAGGACGGCUCAAAGAUCAUGAUCAGUGACUUUGGCCUUUCUAAGAUGGAAGGCACAGGGGGCGUGAUGUCCACAGCCUGUGGUACGCCAGGAUAUGUGGCUCCCGAGGUGCUAGCUCAGAAGCCCUACAGCAAAGCCGUCGACUGCUGGUCCAUCGGAGUUAUUGCCUACAUCCUGUUGUGUGGUUAUCCUCCAUUCUACGAUGAGAACGACUCCAAACUCUUUGAGCAGAUCUUAAAGGCUGAUUAUGAAUUCGAUGCACCUUACUGGGAUGAUAUAUCUGAUUCAGCAAAGGAUUUCAUCAGCAGUCUGAUGGAGAAGGACCCAGCCAAGCGCUACUCCUGCGAACAGGCCCUGUGCCACGCGUGGAUUGCUGGAGACACUGCGCUCUGUAAGAACAUCCACGAGUCCGUCAGCCGUCAAAUGCGCAAAAACUUUGCAAAAAGUAAAUGGAGGCAAGCCUUCAACGCCACGGCGGUGGUGAGGCACAUGCGCCGUCUGCAGCUGGGAAGUAGCAUGGGGAGCAGCAUGGAUGCCAGCCAGCCUGGCACGACCCCCAACGCCCGCGCGCAGGCCACCAAGCGAACGCCCACCCCGCCGUCUAACCAGAGCACCACCACUGCCAGCCCCAACCAGAAGCCCGCUCAGAGCCAGAACCAGUACCACAUCAACAACGUGACCACGGAGUCUCCCACCAUAGCACGCAAAGACUGUACGGCCCCUCCCCACACUUCCUGCUCUUUGGCAUCUACAGCUACAUCCCCAGUCACGGGGGCAGAGCCCUGCAGGCCACACCCCUCUUCAGUUGCCCCGGUGAGCACUGUGCUAACUGGGACCAAGUGACGCCAGGUCCUGCGGGGAGAGAGUUGGGAGGCCACUGCCCUUUAAGCCACGCCCCUCAGCCCACCCCCCGCCCUGCCGCAAGGACCGGCAGAGAACUCACCCACCCACUGAUCGCCAUAAUGAACACUGAGAGACUCAACGCUGCACACCACUCAACGCUCACCACCAAUCUGUCCCGCCAUUUGACCUCCGAGCCAUAAGAGGGGGGAGGGCACGGCGCAUGCGGAGGCGGGACGGCCAGGACCAGCUCGAGACUUGAUGAAGUGACACUUGUGUGGCUGGAAGGAGCGUGUUCUGUAUGUGCUAUGAAUCACAGCAGCCAUCUUACCCUGCAGAUAUGACUCAGACAGGACCAGAGGAAGGCGUGAGUGAGUGUGAGCGCGUCUGCCCGUAGUACUGGGCCGGACCGACGUUAAAACACACCUUCUUACUCUGCGUCUCUAGCUCCUCCCACCUUUCCCUUUUCUCUUUUCUCUCGCCGUUUGAUUGGACAGAGAUGGGUUUUUUUGGCAUCUUUAUUUCCAGAGUCUUUCUCUGGUUUUGUCUCGUGACCCUGCAGAAGUGCUUUAGAAACCCUGUGUGACUGUCCCGGGCUGUGAGUGAAUGCUGUGGGAAGUGCUGGUGUCCUGCAGUGUCUGACUGUGAGUAGAUUGUUAAGGUCUAUAACCUCACAUUGGGGUCACCGCAGACUUCAACUUAAUUGAAUUUGCAGUGUGUUUUAUUACUUUUCCCUUUUUAUUCAACUUUCUAAAUCAUGACAGUAUGGCGCAACAGAAGAGUGAUGAGUCAUCUAAGACACUCAUGCUAAUUUUUGCCUCAAAUAUAUUUUUUUUUAGUUAUUACACCAUAGGUACCCAAGCAGUGAUUACUGAAGAUGGUAGAACUGUUAUACACUCUCACACAAACACACAUGCACAUGCACACACACACGCGCACACACACACGCGCA